AUGUCGACACGAAGAGGCCCCUGGAGUUCGGAGGAAGAUCUCCGUCUGCUGUCUCUGAUCGACGACCACGGCCCCACCAACUGGGUGCGCAUCUCGCAGAUUCUCGGAUCUCGGACCCCCAAGCAGUGCCGAGAACGGUACCAUCAGAACCUCAAGCCGUCACUCAACCACAGCCCCAUCUCCGAAGAGGAAGGAAUCUACAUUGAGCAGCUGGUGGCUCAGUAUGGCAAAAAGUGGGCCGAGAUUGCGCGCCAUCUCAACGGCCGAUCCGACAACGCCGUCAAGAACUGGUGGAAUGGAGGAGCCAACCGGAGACGGCGAGCCACCCUAGCUGCACAUCAACGACGACCCACCUGGGACUUCGGCGCCCAUGGAGGCGGACCUGGAGGACCCCCUCCCCCACCACCGGCCACACACGGUGUCCCCGGCAUGCAUGGUCCUCCUCCCGGAGUGGUUGGUCAUCCCGGAGGCUCUCCUCCCGACGGUGGCACCACACUUCCCCCCAUGACGCCAUACCACUCCACCAACCCACAAUACAACCGGCGGCUCUCACUGCCCAACCUGGCACCAGAUCAUGUGCCGCCACACCUAUCCUCUCACACGGGACAUCACGGACACAGCCAUAGUACAUCUGUGAGUCUCGCGGCGAGCCACAGCAGCAGCUACGCCAACAGCCACGCACACACGCCUGAGGAACGUGAGUCACACCAUCUGCCGUCGCUGGUAGCUGUUGGGGGAGGGGUGGGCGCACCGCCUCCUCCUGCCCCCGGAGGAAUCGUGUUCAACUCCGCGUACACGGAUUCCGCCGGAUCAGCUUUUAGCGGCAGUGGAGGAGGUAAUGGAGGCGCUGCUCCGGGCCCGCAGGGAUCUUCAGUGGGUCCCACUGCCGGCCCCGGGCCCGGAGCGCCCACUGGAACGUCCCCAGUGUCGACCCGUUCGCUUCAUCAUCUUCCUCCCUCCCGAUACAACCGACGACAGUCAGCCACCACCGUGUCCACGGGCUACUCGUCGUCGCGACAGUCGUCUAUUGGCGGCCUGUCUUCUGUGUCGGACACGGACGAUCCGUUUUCGUUUGGAUCGUCGCUCAGCAAGUACUCUCUGGGUAACAGUGCCAGCAACUCGCGCCGAAACUCGCACGUUCCCACAGCCACCGCCUCAUCGAGCUCCCUUGAUCCGGGUGCUCCACAUCCUGCUCUGCUGCAUUCGCGUCUGCAUCAGCUUAGCAACGCGAACAGCGUGUCCAGCAGCAGCGUCAACGCGUCAUCUCCAAGUGAUAGCGGCAGCAGCAGGCCUCCCAGCAACCGGGGAAGCUUGUCUGGCCCCACCGGGCCACCUACGAUGAACCUGGGCCACCGCCAUAGCGUCACUGGAGUGCAGAUUGAAAAGGACAAGGAGGGUGGAGGAGAGAAGUUGAAGAUUUCCAACUUGUUGAGUUAG